AUGAAUUUCAAAGACGAGGAGCAUAGCAGCUUAGCGGCCUCUGCUGAUGUGGUCACUCACACUACUACAGUCGAGACUGCAACACUUGUUCUCCCGGAUGAUACACUUCGUCGCGGAGAUGAAUUUAUACUUCAGACAACAAGUGAGAUUGCCGCCGCCACAUCAGACGCACCCUUGCAGCAAGGAGGCCACACCAUUCACAUUGAAGGUAUUGUGGACCUCGAUGAACUCAGAGAUCUGGUACCUGGCAUUGAUGAGGAUGAAUUUGCGUCGUUGUUGCAUUCGCAUCAACAGGACAAUGAUGAUGAUGAUGAUGAAGAUAAUACAACUCUACUGUCCACGCUACUGAACAUUGACGAGCAGUCGCACCUGCUUGGGGACAUCGAAUCAGAACAGCAAGAGCUGGAAGAUGUUCCUGUUUCGGCAGAUGCGUUUUUGGAGACCAUUGCAAACGCAAUGCCACCAACAGAAGUAUCUCGAGCGAACAAGACACAGACUUAUGAAACGUCAAACCAGGCAUUCCUACUAUCAAUCCCUACGAAUGCGACAUCAACGGCUUCUGGAGAAGAGCAGACUUUAGUAUUGGCCAUGCCCGAAAUCAAUGAAUCAGAGCCACUUAUCAUGGAAGAAUCCGAAGUUCCGGCUGGAGAUUCAAACAUGGAAGGAGAAGCCAACGAGGAAGAUGAUGACGAAUACCAUGGAUUUGUUGAUAUGGUCCGUCAGUAUUCAGAGUAUCUUCCUCAAAUUCCUGCUCUUCCAACAGACGUACAAGAUGUCGAACUUGUCGCUCAUGCAGUCAUUGAAAAUGUUCCAUUUGCCGAGGCGCACACAAUGGAUAAGGAUGAUUAUGGCAAGGACGAAGAAGAAGAGGAACAAAUCGCACAUUUGGAUUUGAUUGUGGAACGUAAAGUUCCUUUGAUUGGAUACGUGAUUUUAGUCGUUGGUCUGUUCGCCUUGGCUUCCGUUGGAGCAGCUUUGGAUUUACAAGAAGGCAACAUUACUCCCACAAUGAAGACGUAUUGGAGACUUCAAUCAACUGCAAUUUGUAUUUUCCCGAUUGCUGUGUUGUCGAUGGCACAAACACCAAAAGAAAAACUCGAGGAACAAUGGUCAUCGCUAACAAAGAAGGAUCUUUAUUUCGAUUUGCCACUCUGUGCCGCCAGCUAUGCAUGGCUAUCAGCAGGUUUUGUGGUAGCUCUGGAAAUGACCUCUUUGGCCAAUGCCUUUGUCCUUUCCAAUCUUGCAUCCCUUGUGAUCAUAUUUGGAAAGCUUUUUCUUGGUAUUAAAAUUAUGUUCUUGGAGGGCAUUGGUGCGUCGGUUGGCUUAACAGGGGCACUUGUUUGUGCGCUUGCUCCCACCGCGGUGGCCGUUGAGGCUACUGGGAGGAUGCUUGGUACGACGGCUGGGCAAGAAAACCUUGGAAAUGGCAUUGCUUUUCUGUGUUCCUUGGGAUUAGCGGCAUAUCUGAUUCUGGCAAAGAAGCUCCGAUACAAGAUGGACCUCUUUCUCUUUAUGUUCAUGGUCUUCUCUCUUUCAUCAGCCUUCCUAUUGUGCUACAUGAUUAUGACGGGAGAAGAGGUUCAAAUUUCAAUUGAUCCUGAUGUGGGAAUAUUUGGUUGGAUGAGUUUGGCCCCUGAUCGAUUGCCGCUGGAAUUGUACAUGGCAAUUGUUUGCAACAUUGUUGGUACAACUGGCUAUAUUGCCGUCAUGAAGUACUUUGACCCGGUUGUCAUUACUAUGGUGAUGCUUACAGAACCUGUCGUUGCGACACUACUGGGAAUUCUUGCUGGAGUCGAGGGAAUGCCAGUGGAACAAGUGAUCGUGGGCAAUGCCUUUGUCAUCCUUGGUAGCAUCAUUGUGAUUGCAUCAGAAUCGAAAUCUACCGAAUCCAUUGACGCCACGAAGGCUUUGACGCCAGUCGAAGACAGCAGCGAUACAACGGUUGUUCGAACUCCAAAGAAUGCUUUGCACAAAAGUACAAGCGCUGACACAGUGAGUACAGCUGGCACGGAGUCUUCGCCAAAGGUUGUCUGGAAACCAUCUUGA